UCAUGGAGCCCCUGGGCAAUAGGGGAUCAUGGGGCCCCUGUGUCCUUGCCCAAACUCAAAAUAACCUAUGAAAAAGGUACCAGGGGCAUCUCAUGGGGCCCCCUACUGACCCUGGGCCCUCGGGCAGUGCCCGAGUUUCCAAAUGGUCAGUCCGCCCCUGGACAGGUUUUAGAAAUCCAGACAUGAAGACCCAUUACAAUGCCAUAAAAAGCAUAAAAAUCCCUUUUUCAGUAGUAACAGUUGGACAAGCUCUUCAGAAC